AUGAAUGGGAGCGACAGGAGGAGGAUGAGACAGGCAAUGCUUCCCUGGAGUAAAAAGCUGGCUAAUAAUAAGCAUGCAAGAGCAGGGAGGAACAUGAAAUCAGUAACGGUACAGCGGAAGCAGACAACGGGCAGCCAGGCAGGCGCUCGAGGAAAUAAUGAAGUUAAUCUUCCCCAGAGGGUUAAGAAACCUUCACCUUCUAAGUGGAGCAAAUGGGAGAGCACAGCUGAUUCGUGUGGUAAAGCGGUUUGCUGUGCCUCACCUGUUUUAUUCACAGGGACUGCUGUAGAAGGAUUAAAAACACAACUUGUCAGGCUUAAAAAGACACUGAUGGCUAUUGUUGGGUCCAUUUUCCUGCUCCUUUAUAUCUUGCUGUGUUAUGAAAACUUCCAUUUCCAUGUGGCUCACAUGUAUGCUCAUCUUGGAUAUCCCAAUGCCCAGCAUAUUGUGGGACAGAGAUACUUGAAAGGAAUUGGUGUAGAAAAGAAUGAAGAGAAGGCCAUGCAGUGGUUCAGACAAGCAGCUGAGAAAGGCCACCCCCAUUCCUCUUUUAAUUUGGCUGUUGGCAAACUGAAGAAUAUGACAACUGGGCUUAAAGACAGGGAUGUAGAAAAACUCCUAAAUGUCGCAGCUGGUCAUGGCGUCCAAGAAGCUCAAAAUCUUCUGGACAACAUCAGGAAUAGAGAGCUACCUUGA